UAUUAUUCGGCGGGGAUCCCAUCUAGCAAAGUAGAUAAGCGUCUGUAGUUUCUGUAUUUAAGAGAGUAGAGGGUUAUAGUUGAAGAGUGGCAGCCAUAGCCAUAGCCAUAUCUAGCAAGCAUGGCAAUUACUCUAAUUUUCUUCGUUGUCUUCUCCUUGGCUAUCUCUGAAGCCACUACUUCUUCUUCUUCUUCUUCUUCUUCUUCUUCUAUAAAACCAGUUCCUUAUUCCCAACCGUUAAAUAGGACUAGUUUUCCAAAAGACUUCAUUUUUGGAGCUGGAACUGCUGCUUAUCAGUCUGAAGGAGCAGCAUUCUUAGAUGGAAGGGGUCCAAAUAUAUGGGAUGCUUUUACUCGUCAACAUCCAGAAAAAAUUUGGGAUCGAAGCAACGGAGAUGUAGCGCUGGACUUUUAUCAUCGUUACAAGGAAGAUAUAAAAUUGAUGAAGAAAAUUGGUUUGGACUCUUUCAGAUUUUCCAUCUCAUGGUCAAGAAUAUUUCCAAAGGGUACACUCAAAGGUGGUGUGAAUCCACUUGGCGUCAAAUACUACAAUGAUCUUAUCAACGCUCUUCUUGCCAAUGGAAUCAAGCCAUUUGUGACAUUAUUCCAUUUUGACACACCAUUGGCACUUGAAGAAAGCUAUAGUAGUUGGUUGAGCCCUAAGAUAGUGAAGGACUUCUCAGAUUAUGCUGAUUUUUGUUUUAAGACAUUUGGAGAUCGGGUCAAAUAUUGGGUUACUAUAAAUGAGCCCAAUAGUUUUACCAUGUAUGCUUACAAUUAUGGCACUUUUGCCCCUGGUCGAUGUUCCAAGCAUGUUGGGAAUUGUACUUUUGGUAACUCGGCAACUGAACCUUACAUUGUAGCCCACCAUUUGCUUCUUUCUCAUGCCAAUGCUGUAAAAAAUUAUAGAGAGAAAUAUCAGCCGCACCAAAAGGGGAAAAUUGGGAUUACCAUUGUUACUCAUUGGUUUGAACCAAAAUACAAGACGACAGCAGAUCAAAGGGCAGCCUCUAGAGCUCUUGAUUUCUUAUUUGGAUGGUUUGCUCAACCAGUAACCUUUGGUCACUAUCCCUUGAGUAUGAGAUUAGGAGCGAGAAAUAGACUCCCCAAGUUCACCGAAGCAGAAUCAAAGUUACUAAAAGGGUCUAUGGAUUUUCUUGGAUUGAAUUAUUACACUGCCAAUUAUGCAGAAAGUGCUCCUUUGACAAGCACUCGUAACCUUAGUUAUGUUGGAGAUCGACAAGCCACUCUCACUACUGACAAAAAUGGAAUUCCAAUAGGGACGCCGACUGCAUUGGGGUGGCUGUUCAUAUAUCCACAGGGAAUUCGGAAGCUUCUCCUGCAUUUAAAGGAUCAUUACAAUAAUCCAGAAAUUUACAUCACCGAAAACGGACUCGCUGAUGCAAAUAACGACACUUUGCCCAUUAAAGAAGCUAUCAAGGAUAGCUUGAGGAUAAGAUACUUUCACGGACACCUCUCAUAUCUUGCUCAAGCUAUAAGGGAAGGUGCUAGAGUGAAAGGAUACUAUACAUGGACAUUUUGGGAUGACUUUGAAUGGGAUGCUGGCUAUACAGUCCGUUUCGGCAUAGCAUAUAUUGAUUACAAAGACAAUUUGAAAAGAUACCUCAAAUAUUCUGCUUACUGGUUGAAGAGGUUCCUCCUUCGCUAGUAUAGAUCGAUAUUAUAUAUCAUGAGUCAUCAUUAUGUCCUAUCAAUAAUUGUGAUCCUUUAUUGGAUUCGGCGUCUUUAAGAUAAUGAAAUGCUAUGCUUAUUUUAAGAUGUGUAGUUGAUUUCUCCACUACACUUGAAUAAUGUUAUUUUCUGAUCUUAUUUAAUGAAGGCAUCAAACCGGAUGGAUAUAUUGUCUUA